AUGUCAUUCAAGAAAGAUGAAGAAACCGGUGUGGCCCAUUUCAUGCAAGAUAAGACGACAGUCAUCCAGGAAGCUAGGGUAUUCAAUGAAUCGCCCAUCUCGCCUAGAAAAUGUCGAAUCCUUCUCACCAAAAUCAUCUACCUACUCUAUGUUGGCGAAACUUUCGGCCCUCAAGAGGCUACCACCUUAUUCUUCGGUGUCACCAAACUCUUUCAACAUAAGGAUAGUGCGUUGAGACAAAUGGUUUACUUGGUCAUCAAGGAACUCUCCGAUUUGGCUCAAGAUGUGAUCAUGGUCACAUCGUCGAUCAUGAAAGACAUGCAGCCGAAUUUAGAGGUGAUCUAUCGGCCGAAUGCGAUUAGAGCACUCUGUAGAGUGAUCGAUGGUUCGAUGAUCCAGGGUAUCGAACGCUUUUACAAGUCGGCGAUCGUUGAUCGAAACUCAUCCAUCAGCUCUGCCGCACUCGUUUCUUCAUAUCACCUCUUCCCGAUUGCCAAGGACGUCAUCAAACGAUGGGCGAACGAGGCUCAGGAGUCUCUCAACGCCAAAGGAUCUGGUGGUGGUAUUGGCUUUAUCCCCGCGAGCGCUUCAAGCUAUUUGAGUAGCUUUGGUGGUGGUGGUGGCCAAACUCAGUCCGGUUAUCAAGCUGUCGCUAGCUCGAGCUACAUCACCCAGUAUCAUGCCUUGGGGCUUUUGUAUGCUAUCAGACAGCAGGAUCGAAUGGCUGUCUCCAAGCUCAUCCAACAGUUGGGCGGGGGAAAGAGUAACACUCUUAGAAGUCCUUUUGCCCUCUGCAUGUUGAUUCGAUUUGCUAGUAAAAUCAUGGACGAAGACCCAAAUCUACACAAACAGAUGCACGAACUUCUGGAAGGAUUUUUGAGGCACAAAUCUGAUAUGGUCAACUACGAAGCCGCUCGGGCAAUCUGCGAGAUGCGAAACGUGACUUCAGCAGAGUUAUACCGGCCAGUGGCCGUCCUUCAGUUGUUCUUAUCUUCUCCCAAAGGCGCGCUCAAGUUUUGCGCUAUCAGAACGCUGGCCAAGUUAGCCUUGACUCAUCCCCAACCGGUUCAAGCCUGCAACCUCGAUAUGGAAAGAUUGAUAAAUGAUGAUAAUAGAGGUGUUGCCACCUUUGCCAUCACGACCUUGCUCAAAACUGGAAAUGAAGCGUCAGUUGAUCGCCUCAUGAAACAAAUUUCGGCCUUCAUGUCGGAAAUUUCGGAUGAAUUCAAAGUAACUAUCGUCAACGCGAUCCGAGCGUUGUGUCUCAAGUUCCCCGCCAAACAAGCAGUCAUGUUAAACUUCCUUUCUGGAAUCUUACGUGAUGAAGGCGGUUAUGAUUUCAAACGAGCCGUUGUUGAAGCUAUCUUUGACAUGAUUAAGUUCAUUGGCGAAUCUAAAGAAACUGCGUUGGCUCAACUGUGUGAAUUCAUUGAAGAUUGCGAGUUCACCAAACUGUCUGUUAGGAUUUUACAUCUAUUGGGGAUCGAGGGUCCCAAAGCGCUCCACCCUUCGAAAUACAUCCGAUAUAUUUAUAACCGAGUCAUCUUAGAAAACGCCAUCGUAAGGGCGGCUGCAGUAUCAAGUCUAGCCAAGUUUGGUGUUAAUGUACCCGAUCUUAGGGUGAAAGCAAGUAUCAAGGUACUUCUGACAAGGUGCUUGGAUGACGUGGAUGACGAGGUUCGUGACCGAGCGGCGCUGUAUCUCAAGGUGCUGGAAGAAGAACCGCUGGCCGAGAAAUUUGUGAAAGACGAAUCGACGAUCUCUCUAGCCACAUUGGAAUCGAAAUUGGCCACUUACAUCUCUCAAAAGGAGUCGUCUCAAGCCCCAUUCGAAAUAACGAGUAUUCCGAGGAUCAGUCGUGAACAAGCUUGCCAAGAAGCUCUUCGUGCCCGCCAAGAAGCAUCAUCAGAUGUGGCCGGUUUCAACAACACUAGCAAAGCCACCGAUAAACAGUCGGCCGCACCUGCGGCUUCAGCCUCAACCACCGCCGAAAGUCAACGCGAAUAUGCCAUCCAACUUGAUGCUGUCCCAGAAUUUUCAACUUACGGGAAAGUGUUCAAAAGCUCUGCUAAGCCGAUUCCUCUUACUGAACAUGAAACUGAAUACGUUGUCAGUGUUGUGAAACACAUAUUUGCUGAGCAUGUGGUAUUUCAGUUCAACUUGACGAAUACAUUGCCAGACACGAUCCUGGAGCAGGUUUCCGUGCUGACGAACCCACCCGAAGAAGGCUUGAGUGAAGAUUUCAUCAUUCCAAUCCCCAAGAUGUCAAAUGAGCCUGGGAUAAUCUACGUGUCCUACACACGUUCAAGUCCUGAAAACUACGCCCUUGGCAGCUUUAACUGUACCUUGAAAUUUAUCUCCAAGGAGGUUGAUCCGAUCAGUGGCGAACCGGAGGAAGAGGGUUACGAGGACGAAUAUCAGAUCGAAGACGUCGAAUUAGGCGUUGGUGAUUACAUCAUUCCGACUUAUGUCACCUUCACUACUGAAUGGGAUAGACUACGGACCGGGGCAACUGCAACUGAAACAUUCCAACUGAGCGCAUUGAAAAGCUUGAAAUCUGCAUGUGAUACACUAAUUGAGCUGUUGAACAUGGAGCCGUUGGGAGGGACCGAGAAUCCCAGUUCGACCACGGUCCAUACACUUCAAUUGGCCGGGAUUCUGUGCGGCGGUGAAGGGAAUAUCCUGGUGCGAACUCGAAUGACGUUUAGUGCCGAUCAAGGGGUUACCAUCGAGAUGUCCGCCAGGGCUGAGAAGCCAAAAGCCGUCCAACUUGUCAUGUCGGCAAUCGCUUGA